CGGCCACAAUGCCUUCCCGGAACGCGCGGAACUAUUCUUGACGAGAUUGUGGAGUGGGUAUCAUCGUGUUCAGAACAGAAUGUGUUCUGGUUAUAUGGUGUUGCAGGAUCUGGCAAGAGCACAGUUAGCACGACGAUUGCAGAACACUUCCGCGCAAUAUCUCGUCUUGGUGCCCAUAUUUUCUUUCAACGAGGGAAGAGUGAGCCCAGCUCUGUCAUUCGCACACUUGCUUACAAGCUCGCCUCAUUUGACUCUAUGAUUGCCAACCACGUCAUGGAGGCGAUUCAGCAGGAUAACGAUAUCGCUCAGGCUUCAGGGACUGUCCAAUUUGAGAGACUUAUCAACGACCCCCUCGUUCAUUCCGGAGAAGCCAUGCAGGGACCAGUCAUCAUUGUCCUCGAUGCUCUCGAUGAAUGUGGGACAGAGAAGAAUCGACGAGGCUUGCUGGAACUUUUGCGAGAAGGACUUCCGGGUCUUCCCAAGAACUUCCGAUUUCUCAUUACAAGUAGAAAGGAGCUGGAUAUUGAACGAGCGCUCAAAUCCGUGUCCGAAUGCAUCCGCGCCGUUGAGUUGGAGCACAACUCGACAGCCUGCAAAGACGAAGUGCUUCGUUAUAUUGAUCACGAGAUGCGCAUCGUGUUCGCUAAAAAUGAGCUACGUCCAUCGGCGGAUUGGCAGUCGAAGAUGGAUCGACUCGGAGAUGCAGCAGGUGGUCUUUUCAUCUGGGCAUCAACAGCAGUCAAGUUGGUGGAUCGCGACUAUCCUGCUCGGAGACUAAAUGACCUUGUUUCCAAAUUUCAAUCCGUCUCUGCACUCGAUAAUUUGUACUGCACCGUCCUUGAAACCUCGGGUAUUUCGUUCGAUGAUGAGGAAUCCAGGUUUCACUUUUCCCAAGUCCUCGGCCUCGUCCUGCUUUGUAAAGUCCCACUAUCUGACGAUGCAAUUGAUGGGAUACUUGGAUAUUCGGACGAAGACUCUUCACGUCUUGUGCUUUCGCGCUUGCAAUCUGUGAUUGUGUAUACCCCAGGAGCACCAAUCCGAUUUUGCCAUACUUCCUUCCGCGACUACUUAUCAGCUCCUGAGCGCGAAAAAGACCCUUGGUUCAUCAACCUCAAGACUCAAAGGGAGUUCAUUGCCUCGCGAUGCUUCACUGUCAUGAGGGACAUGCUCCGGUUCAACAUCUGCGACAUAGCAUCAUUGUAUAUCCCUAACGAUAAGAUCCCUGACCUCCCGAAUCGUAUCAAGGCGAACAUUCCUCCUCAGUUGGAAUACGCGUGUCUCUUCUGGAGCCAGCACUUACUCGAGGCUCCGUUUUUGCACGAGUUGUUAAACGAGCUGCCGGAGUUCCUUAACAAACAUUUGCUCUACUGGCUCGAGGUGAUGAGCGUCCUCGGAAAGGUCAAUGUUGCUAGCCCAGCACUUCUUCAUGCCAUGAAUUGGGUCUCAUCACACAAUGCCGACGUUUUGGCAUUCCUGAGGGAUGCACGUAGAACGAUUACUAUAUAUUUACCUGCCAUAUCGCGAUCGACACCUCAUAUAUAUAUCUCUUUCCUUCUGUUUGCAUCAAGAGAGUCGAAGUUUCUGACGAAUUACUUGAAGCCUGAUCUACGAAUUGUGCGAGUAGAGCAGAUGGGUGUGAAGCAGUGGUCACCGCUCUUGAAGGAGCUCACAGGACAUAAGGACCGGGUCACGUCUGUUGCGUUCUCACCCGACGGCACUCGUGUUACCUCCGGUUCCUACAAUAAAACAAUUCGAAUUUGGGACGCUGAGAGUGGGCGAGUCAUCUUCGGACCAUUUGAAGGGCAUACUGGCUGGGUACAGUCUGUUGCUUUCUCGCCUGACGGUGCGCGCGUCGUUUCCGGAUCCAACGAUAAGACAAUUCGAAUUUGGGACGUUGAGAGCGGGCAGAUGGUUUCUGAGCCUAUGGAAGGACAUACCGACACUGUCUAUUCUGUUGCUUUCUCGCCGGAUGGUAUGCAUGUUGCCUCUGGAUCGGCUGACAACACUGUCAUGGUCUGGGACGUUAAGAGUGGGCAGGCUGCCAAGCGGUUCGAGGGCCAUGACGAUGGUGUGAGUUCUGUUGCGUACUCUUCCGACGGGAAGCGCAUUGUCUCAGGUUCUUAUGACACGACAAUUCGAAUCUGGGACGUCGAGAGUGGACAGACUGUUCAUGGCCCUCUCAUAGGUCACUCAAGCAGUGUCGAGUCAGUCGCCUUCUCUCGUGAUGGCACACGCAUCGCCUCAGGCUCCUUCGACAAUACGAUUCGAAUCUGGGACGCUCAGAGCGGGGAAUGUAUUUCCAAGCCUUUUGAAGGACAUACCAGGGCAGUCACUUCCAUUGCUUUCUCAUCCAACAGCAGACACAUCGCCUCUGGUUCUGAUGAUAUGACAGUUCGAAUCUGGGAUGUAUUGUCUGUUGCAUUUUCUCCAGAUGGAACCCGUGUCGCCUCAGGCUCAUGGGACGACACGAUCCGAAUCUGGGACGCCGAAAUAAGAUGCAUUGCUUUGUCGCCCAAUUGCAAACGCGUUGUGUCUGGGUCGGAUGAUGGUACGAUUCGAGUAUGCGAUGCUGAAAUCUGGUCAGUUGUGUUCUCGCCGGAUGGAAGGCGUGUUGCUUCUUGCUCCUGGGAUCCGGCGAUCCGCGUGUGGGACGCCGAAAGCGGAAAUGCCGUUUCCGGUCCUUUCGAAGGACAUACGUCACUUGUCUUCUCUGUCUGCUUCUCGCCAGACGGGUCACAUGUUGCGUCUGGCUCUGAUGACGAAACAGUUCGAAUCUGGGAUGUCGAGAGCGGAAAGACGACUUCUGGUCCUUUCAAAGGGCAUAAGGAUGCUGUUUUAUCUGCUGCUUUCUUGCCUGAUGGCAGAUACGUCGUCUCUGGCUCCAGGGACACAACAACUAUAGCUUGGGACGUCGAAAGUGGUGAAAUCAUUUCUGGGCCUUUGGAAGGGCACACAGACGGGGUUUUGUCAGUGGCUUUCUCACCCGACGGCACACGUGUCGUCUCCGGUUCUUGGCAAAUCAUUUUGGUUUGGAGCGUCGAGAACGGUCAGGUCGUAGCUGGGCCUUUCGAAGGACAUACAGACUGGGUUCAGUCAGUUGCCUUUUCUCCUGACGGAGCACGCAUCGUCUCGGGCUCUGCGGACGGGACAGUCCGUGUCUGGGAUGCUUGCAGUGGACAGGCCAUCUUUGCGCCCUUCGAAGGCCAUACAAACCAGGUGUGGUCUGUCGCAUUCUCGUCGGAUGGAAGACGCGUCGUCUCUGGCUCCUUAGAUUGUAUGGUCAGAAUGUGGAAUGUACAA